GGAGGGAGCGGAAUAUCGCGCGUGUCUCCGUGCACCUCGAGGGGAGCCGCGGCGCGCGCCACGUUCUCUGUCCGCGAGCGCCGGCGGUUCGUCCCGUCAAUUCGCACACUUACUAACAGUUAUGUAAGAGUGUAGCGCACCGACAGAAAAGCAGACUUACCCACUUUAUCACCUAACAAACAUGUAAACUGCCGGUGUCGUGAGCCUACGGGGAACUUUGAAAUAAGUUUAACUAACGAGACGCCGUCGUAUUUUAAUUUUUUUGAGCUUUCAGCUUAAGAAUAGUUUCCGACUCAGUGCCGGAGGAAUCCCGACGAACAGAGAUGACUUCAGCCACACCCCCGACCUCCCAGAGCACCUCUCCCCAGAAGGUCUGUCACUCACAGACCACCCAGACUGAUGUAAUGAAGCCACUGCUGGGGGGUGGUAUUGCUGGAGGGCUCAGCACUCUGCGCCGGCGUCGCCGUGUGCUCUCCAAAGAUGGACGGAGCAACGUGCGCAUUGACCACGUGAGCGGCCGGGGGGCGCUGUACCUGCGUGACCUCUGGACCACCUUCCUGGAUAUGCAGUGGCGCUAUAAGUUCUUCCUGUUUUCUGCCACGUUCGCUGGCACCUGGUUCCUCUUUGGAGUGCUUUGGUACCUGGUGGCCCUCGUCCACGGAGACCUGCUGGAGUUCGACCCCCCAUCCAACCACACACCGUGUGUGAUGCAGAUGCAGACGCUGACAGGGGCCUUUCUUUUCUCCCUGGAGUCUCAGACCACCAUUGGUUAUGGGUUCCGCUGCAUCACGGAGGAGUGUCCUGCUGCUAUCAUCCUCCUCAUUCUUCAGCUUGUCAUCACCAUGGUGAUGGAAAUAUUCAUCACCGGAACCUUUCUUGCCAAGGUUGCUCGGCCGAAGAAGCGAGGAGAGACGGUGAAAUUCAGCCAGCACGCGGUGGUGUCGAUCCACGAGGGCCGACCCUGUCUGAUGAUCCGAGUGGCCAACAUGCGCAAGAGUCUGCUGCUGGGAUGUCAGGUGACCGGGAAGCUUCUGCAGACAUCCUUGACGAAGGAGGGAGAGACGGUUCGUCUGGACCAGCGGAACGUCCCCUUCCAGGUGGACACAUCCAGCGACAGCCCCUUCCUCAUCUUGCCCCUCACCUUCUACCAUGUGAUUGAUGAGAACAGCCCCCUGCGGGCCUGGGCUGCCAAAGGCGGCGGGUGGACGGACCCCGAGCUCGCCGACUUCGAGCUGCUGGUGAUCCUGAGCGCCACUGUGGAGCCCACUUCGGCCACGUGCCAGGUGCGCACCUCCUACCUGCCCGACGAGAUCCUGUGGGGCUACGAGUUCCCCCCCGUGGUGUCCCUCUCCCCCUCCGGGAAGUACGUCGCCGACUUCUCCUUCUUCGACAAGGUGGCCAAGACCAAGACGCAGCCCCUCUUCAGGCAGAUCCCGUCGCAGUGCCCGCCCCCCCACGGAUACCCCGGCCCCGGGGGGGUGGGGCUGCUGGAAGGGGCGGAUCCAGAGAAGAUCCGCCUGGAGCAGAGCUACCGGGAGCGCGGAGAGGAGCGGGCGCGCCCCCGAGACAGCAGCCCCCUCAGUGUGCGCAUCAGCAACGUGUAGGGGGUGUAGGGGUUGGAGGGGGACGGGGGAGUGGGGGGUGAACCCCACUGGCGCCCACGUGUCUCUCACCCACAGGUUCUCUGCCCUUAUUCCAUACUUCGGAGGCUGUACUUUUCCCAAAUACCGGUGUUCGUGAGCUAAAGUGCCCUAUAGGGCCUAUUCGUAGCCGAAUGAGCUGUGGCGAAAAAACGUACUGUGCCGUACCGGUGUAUUUACCGUGGUGUAGUAAACAAGCAAACAAUAGCAGGGCUCUUUAAGCACGGUCCGUGGGGGGUCUCAGUGUCCCAGAGGAGAAGCGCUGCAGCCUCCAGGGUCGGAUGUGGACCGUAACUGCCUGACUGUGGUAAACUUUACCCCGACGACACUGGUUAACUCGCCCGUGCAGCAGCAGUCCAUGGUAAAAUACAGCACACAUUCGGUAAGAAUAAUCACUAGAGAAUAUUAUGAAGAGGAAAAGGCACAGAAUGACAGGGAGAUUUUAAAAAAAAAAGCGAUAUAUUUCUUGAUAGGUGCUUUCGAGAAUGGAUUUUUUUUAUACAAAUGUACUUAUUUAUAUUUUUAUCUGUUGUACUAACAGUAGUGAUAAAAUGAUCAUCAGAGCUUAGACACCUGAGGAAUAACGAGUAUCGCACUGCUAAGCACUGGAAUGUAUAAAUAUCGAUGUUUUCUCUGUGAUCGUGUGUGUCUGUGUGUGUGUGUGUGUGUGCAGGUGCGCAUGACGACGUGAUUGUAUUUUAACAGUACUAAGAGCACUUUAAUUCCGAGGGAAAAGGUCUAACUUCGCCACGUGCCUUCCUGUCUGCUUCCUCUGUGUUCCGCCUUCGAGUUCAUCUUUAGUCUUUAUGUUGACAUACUUCAGUCUGUGUGCGUGUGUCUGUGUGUGUGUGUGUUUGUGUUUGUGUGUGAGAGAGAGGCAGAGAUUGAGAGAUGCUUUAACUUUGUGGAGCACAGUGCCAUCUGCUGGUGGUCGCGUGUUAUGACCGUGUAUUGCUGACAGUUACCACCUCGAGCGUAAGCAGGGGAGCAAACAGCAGAAGUUCAGACUCAUUUGAUCAUUGUAAAAAGAAAAAAGCUGAGAAUUAGUCUUCUAAUUGUUACACUCGUAAGACAAGUGUGCGCUUAACAUGUGAACUGUUUCAUUUCAUCCAUUCGGCCGCAGUUUCAUUUUAGACUGUCCGUUAUUAGAACUGGAUGUCAAAAGCCUUAAUUUAACCAUCUGAAGCUAAGAUAUUAGAUAUAUUCAGACUGAUUAGGGCUGUUUUUCUCAGGCUGAAACCGGGUUUGGCCCUACAGUUGUAUCUAUUCUGAACCUUUGUUGUCAGUGUCUAAAUACAGAGGAUUAUAACAUUUAUGACUAUGAUGGAGAACUUAUACCUGGACAUUUUUUCAAGGUGACACCAUCUGUCAUGUUCUGUGUUUAUUAGUAACACAUUGUCAGUUUGUUCUGUCACUUCAGUUUUUUCAGUCUUGGAAUAGGCAAUUUGAGUUUAUUUUGUUUUUUUUUCCCCAAUGCUUUUAUGUACUACAUAGGGUUUUGCAGUUCAAAACUGCAGUGUUGGCACCCUAACAUUAAAUGAUCACAGUGCCUGAUUUCAAUAAACUUGCCAUUUUAAAGCGCUUGUCUGUGUUUAAAGAUGGAUUCUGUGUGGUGCGGUACAUAGGAUGCAUUAGCUUCGUUAAAAAUUGCGGAAACUCUGUCUACAUUCAAGAAGGGUCU